AUGGCUGCCCCUGCGUCUACCACAAUGAAGAACCUCCAAGGCUCCUGGGUGAUGGUACGGGGACAAUAUUCAUUCUACUUCCUCUCUCUCUCUCUCUCUCUCUCUCUCUCUCUCUCCGCGAUGAAUGUCUACGAAAGACACUUGCUACAUCAAUCGUUUGACAAGGGACUAACUUUCUCCGGUGUAACCCAGGACUCAACUCUGUCCGACCCUGCCGACCCCAUUCUAUCUCUGCAAGGAAUGAGCUGGUUCCUCCGCAAAGCUCUCCCCUAUGCCACCGUGACCCUGCAUGUGAACGAGUACGCGGACUCGACCAACCCGCAAGUCUACCACAUCGACAUCGACCAGGUCAUCACCGGUGGCAUCCAAGGCAGCAAGGAACAUCGCCAACUGGACUGGCAAGAGCGCGAGCACGUCGACAACAUCUUCGGCAGUCUGCGCGGCAAGUCUCGCUUCCUGCGCGGCUCCAAGGCGGACGAUGGCCAGGUCCGGCCGGCGGUUGAGUUCCAGACGCAGGUCGGAGAUGCCGAGAGCGAUGCUCGGAUCCAGCGGUUCUUGCGUGGAGAGACUCUGCUGGAUGGCUCUGCUGCGGAGGGAUUCAUUGUGGACGAGGAGGGCGCGGAGUUUGGUGAAGGCGAGGGAUUGUGGAUGCAGAGCUUCGUCGUGAAUGAUGCGAAUGGUUGGACUGCUGAGCAGAUCUGGGGUUUCGAAAUCAUUGACGGACAGCGCCGCCACACCCGUCGGGUGGCCGUGACCAAGGGCAAAAAGGUCGAACUGGCUCGACUGGUGUACAAGUAUGAAGGACCCAAGGCUUGA